AUGGAGCAUCCACCAUCACCACCACACCUAAACCCUAACGCUUUUGAGGUCCACGGCGAGGCUGAGGCUCAGGCCGAGGGUGUUGAACAAGAAUAUGAUUGCAGAUAUUGUCAAAAGAAAUUCAGUAACAAGCAAGCUUUGGGAGGGCACCAAAAUGCCCACAGGCAUGAAAGGGCUAUAGAGAAAAAUAUUCGGAAUCUUCCAGAAGCCCAUUUUGGUUACUUUUCCGGGGCCGGGCUUAUGUAUGGUGGGAUGGGGCAAGUCAUGCCGUUCUUGGGUGCUCACAAUAGACCCCAAGCUUAUCUCAAUCAACCCGUUUACAAUAGGCCCUUUCAGGCACCACAAAGGCCUUUGCAACAACCUGGAAUCCAUUUUAGGGUUAAUCCUCGCCCGGAAAUGCAGCCACUACCUCCACGGGUGGCGCCACCGCCUCCUCCUGUACUGCCACCAGUUAGUAAUUUCUUUUCAAGAACAAGCCCUAUCGAGAGGAAUGCUGUUCCGUUUAUGAGACCGGAUUCUUCUUCUGCUGUUGGAAAUCAGAUUGCCAUGAAUCGUCAGGCUUUUGGCCAUGGAUCUGACGGAAGCGCUAGGGUUUGUCAGCGCCGCGAGUUUUCUGCAGCUGCACAAGGGAAUGAUGCUGCGAAUACCGCAGAGUCUGAAGAUUCCGGCCUGGAUUUGACUCUUAAGCUAGGAAUUUGA